CACACCUGUAUGUAAGUCUUCACCACACGUGAAAGACAACACUCACUCUCGUCUCAACUCUUUCUUUUAUCUCUCGAUUACACAGAGAACUUAUAUGUUUUUCUCUCUACUUUGCUCUACGAAACAAUGUCAAUAAGAGUAUUUAUAGCCAUGACUUAGAGUCUCCAAUUCAACUUGGGAUUUCUAAGUUGGACCGGGUUAUCUUUGACUUGACUUAGAGUCUCCAACUCAUCUUGGGAUUUCUAAGUUGGACCGGGUUAUCCUUGACUUGACCUAGAGUCUCCAACUCAACUUGGGAUUUCUAAGUUGGACCGGGUCAUCCUUGACUUCUUCAACAUCUUCGGCAACAUGUCAAAUCAAUCUUCACACCUUAACACCAAGAAAGCGCAACCUCAGUCCUCCUCUAAACCCUAACUGCAGCCGCCUUCAUCCUCUGAUGAGGAGGAGUCUGGAUCUGAAUCGGAGUCAGACUCGGACGAACCAGACCCGAACGUCAAGCCCGUAGCAUUCAAGCCCAUGAAAAAUGAACAGAAAUCCAAUUACGGCGCUAGGAAGUUCAGAUCCAAGCCCAUUGCUUCGGAUCUCGUAACUCCUGCUAAAUCCACCGCCGCAAAACGCCCUGCCGAAGAGAAAGAAACAGAGACUAAGGAUGCUAAGAAGUCGAAGAAAAAAGCCGAGCCCGACACUUGCGAGAAAAAGUCUACUGAUGAUUCGAAGAAAUUGCUUUUCCAAAGGCUUUGGAGUGAGGAUGACGAGAUUGUGAUUUUGAAAGGGAUGAUAGAUUAUGUGACCAAGAAGAAGUCCGAUCCGGUUACUGACUUGAAUGCUUUUCAUGAUUUUAUUAAGAAGAAUUUGCAUGUGGACGUGACUAGGACUCAAUUGCAGGAUAAGAUUAGGAGGCUGAGGAAGAAGUAUGAGAACAAUAAGAGCAAAGAGAAGGAGGGUAAGGAUAGGACCUUCUCGAAGCCACAUUAGCAGAAAGCUUACGAGUUGUCCAAGAAAAUUUGGGGGUAAUGAUGUGUGAUUAAUGAAGUACACCAGGAAAAUACCAAAAAAAAACCCUUCAUUAAGGGCAUUUUCAUCAUUUAAGUGGGAAUCCGCGUCUUUUUCAUCAGUCGGGUCGAACAAGACCCGACUUGGAUUCAUCCGCCUUUGAAGACCUGGACAAUGAUAGCCGUCCGAUCGUGGACGCUGGCCAGCAGGAUGAGGCCACGUGGUUGACAAACUCUGUCCUGUUGAGCCCUAUAUAUAGACCCAAAACGCCGUCAUUAAAGGUACCUGUUACACAUUUAUUGAGAUCGAAUCUUGAGAUAGAUGAUGGGUGUCGAAUCCACAAAAAAUAAUUCCUACGAACACUU